AUGAAUGAACAUGAAUGGGGAAAAAACGACGAAUGCCGAGGAAAUGGUGCAAAGUCAUGCGAUACCGAUACAACAACGACUGCAGAGGUCACUACUACAACAACAACUGAACCAGUAACAACAACUACAACUAUACCGGAAACCACUACUACAACAACUCAACCGGAAACAACUACAACAACUCAACCGGAAACCACUACUACAACUCAACCGGAAACCACUACUACAACAACUCAACCGGAAACAACUACAACAACUCAACCGGAAACCACUACUACAACUCAACCGGAAACCACUACUACAACUCAACCGGAAACCACUACUACAACAACUCAACCGGAAACAACUACAACAACUCAACCGGAAACCACUACUACAACAACUCAACCGGAAACCACUACAACAACUGAACCGGAAACAACUACAACAACUCAACCGGAAACAACUACAACAACUCAACCGGAAACAACUACAACAACCCAACCGGAAACAACUACAACAACUCAACCGGAAACAACUACAACAACUCAACCGGAAACAACUACAACAACAACCGUUGCUGAUGCCACGAUCCCCCCUCACUAG